AAAAGUUAUCUACUCGUAAUCUUUUAAGUGCUCGUUCGUAUAUCUUUUUUUUUUUAAUAUCGAUUCACUUGGUUUCGUUUUCUGUUCCUCUUUUCAUGCACAGGAAUACCAAGUUGCUUAUUCAUCUUUUUAUUAAUCUAUCUUGCGUCUAAUACCUAUUCCUUUUUUUUAUUAUCUCGCAUUACCUUAACUGUUUAUAGGAAGAGCCGUGUAGUUUUAGUUUCCAAUCCUCCUCCUCCUGCUUAUUCUUGUUCUUUAUGUUCUUUUCUCUUAUCUAUUGCUUCGCUUCGUGUGCUUUGCUUCAUAUCUUCCUUCCUCGUCUUCCUUCAUUUCUUUUUGCUUUCCUCUUUUUCCUUUCUCUUAUUGCUUCUCUUUGGUCUCUCUUCCUUCACCUUCUUGAGCAUUCUUUUUCUGUCUCAAAAUUUAUUGUCUCGCCGUUUUCAUUCUCCUACGUCUGUGCUUGUGUCAGUCUGUCUGUCUGUCUCUGUCUCUGUUUCUCUAAUUAACAUUUACCAACAUUUCUAUUUUCAUUUUUGCUCCAAGUUCAUCCAUCAUCAUUUUUUACCUCCUUGUCCUCGUUCACCUCGGCGUUCUCUUUUUAACACUCCUCCUCCUCCUCUUCCUCCUUCUCCACCGCCCACUUCACCUCCUCCUCUCCCUCUUUCUCUCAUUCUCCGCCUCCUUAUCACAAGAGUUGGCUGUGGCGACUCGAGGAAAAGAGAAAUCUCACCCUUGACCUUUAAGAGAUGAGGUGGACCUUGCACCGACCUCAGGCCAGCUUAGAUUUCCAUAAACAAACCAUUUGGGAAACUUGAGAUCUCAUUAAUGGAGGCCCUGCGUGCGUGUGUGUGUGUGAGGAGUGGAGGAGGAGGUGUUUGUGAGGUCAGGAUGGCGUGCGUGUGAGUUUGGGCGCGUGCGUGUGGGUAGCUGUGGCGAGGGAGAGAGAGGGUUGCGAGGUGGUCGGAGAGCCAGUCAUCGUGUGGACGUAGGCCAGAGGUGGUCCGUCUCGGUGCCCAGGAUCGAUUACUCUCGCUGCCACAUUCUUUGUGUCUCCACCCGAGCGAGGGGAGAGAGCGUGUGUGCGUCGCUCCCUCGCUUCCUGUGCUACUCACAUCCUCGGGCGGCUCCUUCCACUUCCAGACCUCGUAGUGUAGUUCUACAAGAAACUUUUUUUUUUUACUUUUUUGUUUUGUUUUCCUUGAGUGCUGCUGAGAUACACGUCUUGUAGUGUAGGGUACAAGUAUUACAUAUCUAAACGUAUUCGGUUGUAGUUUGUCUCUUUUUAGAAGUUGAGUUCUUACUUCUUAAGCUAAACUUGUGUUACGUUUCGCAAUGUAAAACAGAAAGAGACACUUAUUCUUACUUCUGUUAAAAAGUUCUGCGUGUGUUGUGUAAGCUUGCUCUCAAACUUUUCCCUGCUUCUUAACUACAGAAAAUAUACCUUUUUCUUGUCAAAAGAAAAUUUGUGAAAACGCAGCUUUUGGCGAGUGUUCGAGUGAAUGAGGCGAGAUCUCAGCAAUAUUUUGGAAACGCGAAAACACAAAGAAAAGUCUGAAUCUCGGCUCUCAUCCAUCGGAAGGGAUCUUUACGAGCUGCUUUUAAGCGAAGAUUCGGCUCAUCCUCACCCUAAGAAAUUGGUGUUCGGCCAGAGAAAGACGGAGGGGAGGGAUUGAUUCGGAGGCGGCAGCAUAAAUUAUUCGCGUGCCGUGUGGGGUCGGUUCGUACCUGGCCCUCUCCACCGCUCCUCUGCUGCUCAUGCAAGGCCCGGCCCUGGCCCUGUGUUUCCCUUGAGACCUGGCCCUCCUCCUGGAGCCACGUGUGCUGGUCGGCUCCCUUCUAUUAAACUAUAACUUCCAGACAGAAGGGUCUGCCGAGCGCCCCAUCCGUCCUGUAAGCUGGUCACGCAUUCCAUCAAAGCCUCAGUAGGAAAGCCCAAACUUUGUUCACCUCCACGCGAAGAGAAUUCGUAACACAAGUGUUGCGACGCAGAACCAGUGGAGUCAAAGUUCCUGGUUACCUCGUCCUCUAUUCCCUGGGCUCAAGCUAGUCUGUGGGGUCUCGGAGCUCGCGUUGUGUUGCUCUGCUUGCCCCAGCUUGUCACCCGUCACUCAGCGUCGCGAGGGUUGGGUGAGCGAGGCCAGCGAGCGAGCCAAGACGAGGCGUAGUGACCACCUGCCCGCCGAGUGACGUGAUGGCGGCGUGAGACGUAACAGGUGUCGGGGGUAUUGACACAACUGUCGUCACGGCCUCCGGGAAGCCGUGGACAUCUCAAGGCUCGGCGGCCGUGCUGUAGCGGAGUCUGCGUGCUGCGACUGACAUUUCUCGCGCCAUGUCCCGCCAGGUGAAGGAAUCCCGCGACACAACCCACUCCCGCACCGUCCCCGAGGGAGCCACGGCGUCGCCCUCGGCUGCGCCCCCCUCUGCCUCCAGCGGCGCCAACUCGCCUAUGUCCGGCAACAAGAUCGUGAAAACUUGGCGCGUCAUGGGGGACCGAACUCGCUCCAAGACUAAGGAUAUCCUCAAGCGCUGGCAGACGAUGAACAACGGCCAGACGUCUGAGGAUUCACUGGCCGGCCUGGACGACUUCAGUGACAUCAGCGGCAGUACCGACAGUGACCGAACAGGCCACCGGGGGAAGAAAGGCACCUGGAGCGUUCACGUGUGGAGUCUGAGUCUGGAUGGUUCGUUGGUGUCCACGCACGAGACUGACACAGGCGAGUGGCUGGUGAUGUACCCGUUUGAGGGGGUGGGAUGUAGUUCAAGGGGAGAGGGAGGUUGA